AUGGACGCGUACAGUAAGAAUCCAGUUAUGAUAGACCCUUUGGCUGUGCACGCAAUAAAGAAAACCAGUGCGUACCAUCGUCUGUGCAAACUCUAUGCUGAGCUAUUCGAGAAGAAACCAUCAACUUCGCCUGAAAAAGAAGAUAUAAUGAUUAACUGCAUAAAUAAAAUUAUGAUUGAAAUAGUGAACGGACAAAUAGACCAAUUCAUCAAGCUAAAGCCCUCGCACAUAGAGCCCCACAUGAUGGAGGCGUUCAGAAAGACCAUGCAGUACAGAAAAGCAGUCAGUGUCAGAGAAAUAGCCCAGUUCUGGAAAAUAAUGAUAAAAGACCAGAUAAAAGCAAAGAGCCCAAACAUCGAUGAACUUCUGCAGGACCUUAUGUUUUAUCUGUCCGUUCAUAUAAGCCGUCUCUUCUCUUUCAUAAGCUACUUUCAAACAAUACAGAAAAACACAGAAUCAAAAGAACACAAAGCCAGAAACCAAAGAGUGCUAAACCUUGUGAUGAGGCAGAGAGAGAAGUACAACCAAAUGCACAUGAUAAACUGCAUAAAUAUAAAAGAGAUAGAGUAUAUAUUAAGAGAAACAUACCGAACCAAAAUAGAGAAGAACAAUGACUUAGAUGCUUCCAUAGACUUUUUACAGAACAUCUACAGGACGAGUGACUGCCAUCUUAUUGAAGUUGUGAGCGAAAGAAUAGACAAGAUCAUGAAAGCAGUCAAAUCACACAAGUUCAACAUAAGCAGCAAAAAGAACAAAGAGCUCAUCUCUGAGUUCUACACCUACUACUACUGGUACAGAUACAUGCGCGAGUACGACCGCCACCUCUUUGAUUCAGUGUACGGGGACUACAUUCUGGACAAUCUCAUCGUUCGGUUCUUAGAUGACGAGAUAUCAAACUAUGCAUACAAAAUACACCACAUGGAAGACUGCCAGAAUGUCUUCGACUCCUAUGAAGAGAACAUAAGGAUGGAGGCAAGAAAAAAGAAAGAAAAGAUCAAGAAGAAGUCUUCAAAAGAACAGAUAUUCAACAGGCGCCGCACUGUUCUAGCAUGUAAAAUCAGAAAAGAGAUAGAAAAAAAGAGCAUGAAACAAAGAAUAAAAAGCAUGACCAGAAACUACAAAGCAAGAAGAGUGAUUGUCUUCCUGUCUAUAUCCAUCACCACACUGGCUCUGCUAUUUAUUUCUCUUCUCGCUUACUAUGUAUACUGUGUCUACAGAAGAAAAAAAGAGAGCACAGCAGUAUAA